AUGCUUUAUUGCGUUGCCUUUCUUCAUACGACUGUUCAGGAAAGAAGAAAGUUUGGACCAAUCGGAUGGAACAUUCCCAUUCCAGCAAAGUGUAAUAUUGACCUUCUUUAUACUUCACUUUCUGAUCACUUUCUUUUGUCUUCAUACAAAUGGUAUCCAGACAACUACCCGACUGACAAGAACCCAACGGCCAAGUGCCCGGCGGACAACUCCGCGACUGACAAGAACCCAACGGCCAAGUGCCCGGCGGACAACUCCGCGACUGACAAGAACCCGACGGACAACUCCCCGACUGACAAGAGCCCGACGGCCAAGUGCCCGACGGACAACUCCGCGACUGACAAGAGCCCGACGGACAACUCCCCGACUGACAAGAACCCGACGGCCAAGUGCCCGACGGACAACUACCCGACUGACAAGAAUCCGACGGCCAAGUGCCCGGCGGUGAACUACUCGACUGACAAGAGCCCGACGGCCAUGUGCCCGACGGACAACUCCCCGACUGACAAGAGCCUGACGGCCAUGUGCCCGACGGACAACUACCGACUGACAAGAACCCGACGGCCAAGUGCCGGGCGGUGA